AUGCCACCAUCACCGUCGUUCGCGGAUUAUGUUCCCCGCGACUUUCAAGAUCCGUUUGCCUUGGAAUGCUUUCUUACCAAUGACUCGAAAAUACCAGAAGGUUUCAACCUUAUCGGCCAUAGUGAACCCUGUCAAAGCGGGCCAGUGGCUGUACCGCACGUGAAGCAGCCAAGCUCUUCUACCUCACACAGAAUCCAAAAAUUUGUCCUCGUCACCGCAGUCAUCGCUAUCGUCAGCAUGUGGAAGAUUGCUAUCGUUACUUGUCGAGUAUCCCGCACUGUGUGCACACUCUACUCUCACAUAUACUUCCCAUUUGACUUGGAGCCCAUCUGCGCCUUUGCACACUCAUAUCACCAAGUUUUAACCCUCCAUCCUCCUCGAUCCGCUGUGUUCUCUGAAAACGACUUGCUUGGACAUCCCACCCGCGAUGAAUUUCAUAAUCUCAACGCCUGCGUGACCACUGUGGAGGAUGGUUUUCACCGUUUUCAAGAUUGGAAUGAAAUGUCGCGAGCACGAAAUUUUGCGAGCAAAGGCGAAGGGGCGGAGAUCAUUCAAACUCACACUUCGGAAACCCAUGGAAUUCCACGCGAAACGAUUUAUUCCUGGUUUCAACGGAAAGUUAGAGGCUUUGAUAUGAACUCUGUCCUUAUCAAUCCUCCGAGUGUCGUUAUGGAAAAAACAUUUGAGCUCGGUGAAUGCUGGGAGUUUACAGGCCCCAGUGGCCAUAUUGGCAUUUCCUUUUCUGGGCCCAUCGAAAUCGCGAACGUAACAAUCCAUCAAUCCCACGGCAUUGUGUCCGCCAAAGAGCAUGCUCGAGUGCCGCGUGACCUCGUUCUGUGGGGGCAGGUUGACAUAUCGGCCAACAUUACGAACAUGUCAUUGGAAAACCGGACAAUGGAUGACUUUCUUAGGACCGGGAUUCGUGGUUCACGGUCAGGGACACUCUGGCGGCUUGCAGAAAUGCAAUACGCGCAAGUUUCGAAGGCACAAACAUUCAAGCUCUCACAGGCUGCCGAGAACGUUGAUGCAUCUUUCGAGGCCAUCAUUGUCGAGGUAUUAAGCAACUGGGGAGCACCUACAACAUGCCUGUAUCAUAUUAGCGUUCAUGGGGUAGAGCCUGCUGAGGGACUUUAA